CUUAGACUCCAUAGUGGACCAAAGCACUCAACAACAUCUAUGAGUUGCCAUAUGUUCUAAUCUCCAUUCUCCAGGCUUAUCUCUUUUAUAGCAUAUUUGUGAGAUAAGUUCAUUCACUUUGAGUUUGAGUUGCAAUCCAACUUUGUCAGCACUGGUUCUGUGUAAGCUGGUUUCAGAUCAGACUCUUUUUUCAUUCUUAAGAAUAAAUCACAUUUUGUACACAAGUAUUGACAAUGAUGACCAAGCUUAAAGAGUAGAAGUUACUGAUAUCUUGUUCCAAAAGAGAAGGCUAUAAGAAAAAAUCAACUUUGUUUGUGUCGAAGUCAUUUGUACUUCUUAAGUACAUCAAAGAAGUGGUUAUUUCCAAUGCAGACAUCUCAAAAGCAUGAAAUAUCUUACGGCUCUGGCAGGUUUUAUGUCGAGCCUGUGCAGAAUCUGGAAUCAUACUGUUUACCAUCAAGUGAGAACCUAGAUAAUUACUCUUCCUCUGAUAACAGCACCCAAAUAACUUACCCUUCAGUCCAGACUUUAGAACAAUAUUGCACCCAUGAAUCUGCUUCAACAAGCAACAGUUUCCCUUACCAAAAUUCUCCAUCUAAUGUCAGUUUUUCAUCUGACAACAGCCCAGUGUCAAAGCAAGAGUCAAACUCAUAUGUGUUUCGGCCGCAGCAAUCUGUUGAAAUUUUUAACAGCGCACCUGAGGAUGAUUAUUACUCGGCACAAGACUUUGAUGACCUGAGGCAUAAGAUAAGAGAGCUGGAAACCGCAAUGCUGGGACCGAAUACAGAUAUGCUAGACACAUAUGAUGCUGUGAUUGCAGAAGAAUCUGCUUCGUUUUUGUUAGCGGAAGAGAAGUGGAACAAAAUGAUGGAGAUAAAAUCUAGAGGGGAUUUGAAAGAGAUACUUUAUGCUUGUGCAAAAGCAAUGGCUGGGAAUGAUAUGGAGAUAACUGAAUGUUUGGUGUCGGAGUUGCGCAAAAUGGUGUCGAUUUCUGGCAACCCGAUCCAACGGUUGGGAGCGUACAUGUUGGAGGCGCUUGUUGCAAGGAUGGCCUCUUCAGGAAGCACAAUCUACAAAUCCUUGAAAUGUACUGUGCCUACUGGAAAUGAACUACUUUCUUACAUGAAUGUGCUUUAUGAGAUAUGUCCAUACUUCAAGUUUGGAUAUAUGUCAGCAAAUGGAGCAAUUGCUGAAGCUAUGAAGGAGGAAAGCGAAGUCCACAUAAUUGACUUUCAGAUUAGCCAGGGAACACAGUGGGUGAGCCUAAUCCAAGCUCUUGCUCACCGACCCGGAGGACCGCCAAAGGUGAGAAUAACCGGUGUUGAUGACACAUUUUCAUCUUAUGCCCGGGGAGGGGGACUUGAUAUUGUCGGAGAGAGGCUAUCAACACUUGCACAGUCUUGCCAUGUUCCUUUUGAGUUCCAUGCUGUCAGAGCUACUGCUCCUGAGCUGCAACUUGAAGACUUUGAUCUUCGACCUUAUGAAGCUGUGGCUGUGAACUUUGCCAUUAUGCUGCACCAUGUACCAGAUGAAAGCGUGAGCAGCCAUAAUCACCGGGACCGGUUGUUGAAAUUGGCUAAGUGUUUGUCUCCAAAGGUAGUCACUCUGGUGGAGCAGGAAUUCAAUACUAACAACGCUCCGUUCUUGCAGCGUUUCGUUGAGACAAUGAACUACUACCAGGCUGUUUUUGAAUCAAUUGAUGUUGUUCUUCCAAGGGAGCACAAGGAGAGGAUCAAUGUGGAACAGCAUUGUUUGGCUCGCGAAGUUGUCAACUUAGUAGCAUGUGAAGGGGCAGAGAGAGUGGAACGUCAUGAACUUCUGAAUAAGUGGAGAAUGCGGUUCGCCAGUGCUGGAUUUACACCUUAUCCAUUGAACUCCUAUAUAAAUUCUUCAAUCAAGGAUCUUCUGGAGAGCUACCGCGGACAUUACACCUUAGAAGAGAGAGAUGGUGCACUGUUUCUUGGUUGGAUGAAUCAAGUUCUUGUUGCCUCUUGUGCUUGGAGAUGAAAAUCCAGUGACAGUCAGUUCAUUUUUGUUACUGCUGGCUUUGAGUUAGCUUAUGUAUCAUCCUUAUCUUCCUUAUAGAAUUUCUAAGUUUAUAGUCAAAAUUACUGUUUUGUUAAGAGCAUCUAAACUAUGUCAGCAAUAAAUACCAGUAACAAAAUUCUCACA